AUAAAGUCAAUUUUGCCUUUGAAAAUCAUUGAACUUUAGUUUUGAUUACGAAUUUAUCGAUCAUAUACUUCGGGGCAUUUGCUGAGAACGGAAACUUUCCGGUCUAUCGCAGUCGCGGCCAUGGGAGCUUCUCUUUUGUAGAAGGAUCCGAAGCUGGAACCUGUUUUUUUCCCUCACAAAAUGAGUUUUUUCUCCCGAAUCCUAUACCCCUUCGGAGGAAUUUUUUGACCCUAGUAAUGGAGAACCCCUUCAGCCUCAAGGUUGGUCAGGUCUUCACUGGCUUUGGAGUCGGUUGCGGGAUUGGAAUUGGUGUUGGGCGUCCUAUAUACUUUGGGGCAAUACCAGUUUUGCAGCCAGUUCUUAGUGCUACAAGAGGUGCCACAGAUGCUCUAUCUGGUGUUGGGAGACAUGUUAAUGAUUCUCUUAAAAAGCUAGGAAUUAAAAGAAUUGAAGCAGGCGUUGGGUGCGGGGUUGGCAUAGGACAUGGCUUCGGAGUUGGCAUUGCCUUGAAGCCGUGGGUUCUUCAACAAAUUCAGACUUCUAUUACUGAAUCAGUAAUGAAGAUCAUGAAGAAUAUGGGGUUAGCUCCUAGCUCAUCUUCUGUCAAUAACUUCAUUCCUGGCUCCACCCAAAGUGGCAUGCUCACUAGCAACCUUCAAGCCUCUGCUGGUGGUCUCUUUGAUCCAUCUAAAACUAUGCUAAGCACAUUUCAGCACUCAAGGAGUGAUGGAACCAUCAACGAUAUUGGCUCUAAUAUUUUUGUGCAAAAAGACACUUUCUCAAGUACACCGCGGGAGAGCCGUACUGAGAAGGUUGUCGAAAAUUUCUUGCAGAGUUCUGCUUUAAAAAAUGAAGCUGAAGCAGAUCUAGAUGAAGAGGUUCGAAAUUUGCGUGCAGAGAAUAGUGCUCUUCAACUGUUGCUGAGGCAUCAAGAAACCAUUGAAAAAUUGAUGGAUGAGAACCAAAAGUUGCACAAGGUACUCAUUGAAGAUCUAAAAAUUCCACCCGACAAGCUCCAAGCAAAUAGUGCCACAAUUGCUAGCUCUGGUUAUCCUUGUAUUGACUGUUUCGAGUGUCGCAGAAGAAGAAGAAGAAAAUUUAAGACAUAGCUCAAAUCUUGUGGAAGUUUUUCUUUUUUUUUCUCCGGAACCAGAAGCAAGUUUCUGACAUGUAAUGUCUUCAUUUUGAUGGCUCCAAAGGGCUGAGAAAUGGUAAAUGAUUAUGUAUCAUUGGAAAAAAAUAGAAGGGCUGAGAAAUGAUUGCUUAUACUAAUAGAGUUUUGAUUGAUA